AUGAUACCAAGUAAAGAAAAAUUAGAAUAGAGAAAGAUUUGAAGUUUUCAAGUUUUUCAUAAAAAUACUCAAUUAAUAAUAGAUUUAACAAUAUCAAAAAACAUUAUAAUUUAGUGUUACUUAUAAGGGUCAAAAUUGUUAAGUAACUGAAGGUGGAAAAGUUGUUGAAUGUCCUGGUAGUAAUGGUAGAUAUUAUUGUCUUUGUGAAUAAGCAAUUCCAAAGACUGGGAAAAUAUUGUUUGCAUUCUAAAUUCUCAGUUUAACAUCUAGUAUGUUUAUUGGAAUUGGAUUUAGAGAUAUUAUAUAAAAAAAUAAUUAUUAAUACACAGGACUUGGGUAUGGGUAUAGGUAUUAAAUUAUAAUAGAUCAUAUAUGAUAUCUUAAAAUGGUUAUACAUACUCACAUCAUAAUAAAGAUGUAAAUGGUAAAUAAUUAUCAUUUACAUAUACAACUAAUGAUAUAAUCAUAAUGGAAGUAAGUAUUGAACAUAAGUAUAUUAAAUGGACCAGAUCAAAUAAUCCAUUAGCAACAGUUGUAAUUAUCAAAUUCAAAGAAGAAAUUAAUACAAAAAUCUUAGCAUUAAUUUACAUGUCAUUAACAUUAAUUUAGCUAAUAAUGGAUUUCUUUCAGAUCCCCAGAGCUUAUUCAGUUUUCUAAAAUUCAUUUUGGUUUCUUCACUUUUCAGUUAUUUCAUAUUUAUAGUUUUGUAUCAGAAUCAAAAUUCGAAAAAAUUAUUUAUAAUUUAUGGGUAAAAUAAAUAUAAAAGAGCAAUCUCUUUUAGCUUGUAUUUCAAUUUAAUCAAGACUUCACUUUAAAAUUAAGCAUUUUUAAAGAAAUCUACUCAAAAUCCUUUAAAUAUUAGAGAGAUGUUCUAUGUUAAUCCUUGAUUGA